CCCGUUGCCACCCUCCCACUAUCACCGAGAUCGCGGCGAAUGAGAUCCGAUACUGCUACCGUCUUCUACCCUUUCACGCCGUUUUCCGCCCGAUUCGUCCGCCGCCGGCGCGGUAAAGUCCUCGCACCGCGAUCCAAAUUUCUACUCCGAGCCGACGCCUAUACUCGCUGAAUGGACCGCUGGAGAACCAGAAGCCCGGUGUACACGCGGCAGCACAGCGGCGGCUCGAGCAGCACGGGCUCGUCCUCCCCAGGUAUGUCGCCUGCGCACCACCGCUCGGCGUCGACAUCAGGAUUAUCCAACAUACGGAGGACGCAGAACCUCGCCGCCAAGGCCGCCAAUGCUCGCCUCGCUCGGGUGAUGGCUUCGCAGGCCUCCGGUGAGGACGAUGAAGAGGAGGAUGAAGGAGAUCUACCGGCUACGUCGGAUAGUUUCCGCUAUGGCUCACCGAGGACCCUCUCCAGCAGCAACGGUGGCGCAACCGCUGGUAAUGGGGUGGGGAUUUUAGGGAGACCCACCAGAUCGCCUUCUCCUGCACUAGGUCGGAAUGUGGCAGAUUAUGCCCCAUCAGUUCGUUCAACAUCAACCGGGAGGCCAUCAAUAGUAAGUCGGCCAACACCUGCUCCUUCUCCUGCACCAUUAGUGCCCCCUAGUAGGACAUCCUUGAGGACUACAUCAACCAUCCCUGGGAUAGAACCUCCUAUUGAGAAGCGCAAAGAUAAAAGGUUUCCUGUAGAUGUGGGGCAUAUGGCUUUCCGAGAAUCAGGAAAUAGGCGGGAAGCUUCUGCUCUUCAAGAUGAGCUUGACAUGCUACAAGAAGAGAAUGAUAACAUAAUGGAAAAGCUCCGAAUUACAGAAGAGAAACGUGAAGAAGCAGAGGCCAGAGCCAGGGAGCUUGAGAAACAGGUUGCUGCUCUUGGGGAGGGUGUCUCACUGGAAGCUAGGUUAUUGAGUAGGAAGGAAGCAGCUCUGCAGAAAAGAGAGGCUGCUCUUAAAGCUGCCAGAGAGACAAAGGAUGGGAGGGAUGAGGAAAUAGCAUCUCUACGACAAGAAGUAGAGGUUGCAAGAGAGGAGGUUUCCUCUGCUUUAGAGCAGUUGAGAGAAACUGAGACUGAAGCUAAAGCUCUCCGCUCGAUGACACAGAGAAUGAUAUUGACAGAGGAAGAGAUGGAAGAGGUUGUUCUCAAGAGAUGUUGGCUUGCUCGCUAUUGGGGUUUGGCUGUACAGUAUGGAAUCUAUUUAGAGAUAGCCGUUUCCAAACAUGAGCAUUGGUCAUCACUAGCCCCUCUACCUUUUGAAGUUGUCAUUUCUGCGGGACAAAAAGCUAAAGAGGAUGGAAGUCACGGUGGCAAUGAAAAUGAAAGAACCAAGCUUGUACGUGAAUUGAGUGAUAUUACUGGGGAAGGAAACAUUGAAAGCAUGUUAUCUGUUGAGAAGGGAUUAAGAGAACUUGCUUCUUUAAAGGUUGAGGAUGCCGUAGUCUUUGCAGUUAGCCAACGGGGAAGACCAAGUUUACUUCGGCAAUCUGCAUCAGAUUAUAAAUCUCCUGCGGAUCCCAAAUUCUUAGAAGCUUUUGAACUGAAUCCAGUAGAGUCGGAAGAUGUCCUUUUCAAGCAGGCAUGGCUUGCAUAUUUUUGGAGACGUGCUAAAAAUCAUGGUGUUGAAGAGGACAUUGCUGAAGAACGUCUGCAAUUCUGGCUCAGUCGCAUGAGCCAAUCACCAACUUCUCAUGAUGCUGUCGAUGUGGAGCGAGGACUUGUGGAGCUGAGGAAGUUAGGCAUCGAACAACAACUAUGGGAAGUUUCACGAAGAGAAAUUGAUCCAUCUUCUUCCAUACUCAGCCAUGCAGAAAGCUCUUAGUUUGAAAACUCGAAAAUAUGUUCAAAUUUUUUUUUUUUAAAUUGUUUCAUUUAUCCUUUCCAUAAACAUUAGUCUUGUGGGGUGCAUCAAUGCAGCAAAAUCUUAUUUGUUAUACAAA